AUGGCGACGACCACCGUACUGACGACCGAAUCACCCGACAGAUGGAAGUACCUCAACAACAUCCUUACUAGAAGAGGGCCUUAUUCAGACGAGACCUUUGAGCCCGGUGAUGAGCCUAAAGCAUUUCUUGCAGAUUUAAAAAUAUUCGGGGCUGGAGGAUUAGGAUGUGAAAUCCUCAAAAACUUGGCCUUAUCAGGCUUCAAAGACAUCCAUGUCAUUGAUAUGGACACCAUCGAUAUUUCCAACUUGAACCGUCAAUUCUUAUUCCGAGAAGCCGAUGUUGGGAAAUCGAAAGCUGAGGUCGCUGCGGCGUUUGUCAUGAAGAGGGUCCGAGGUGUCAAGAUUACACCUUUCAACUGCGCUAUCCAAGAUAAAGACGACGAAUACUAUAAACAAUUCAAAAUUGUGGUUUGCGGUCUCGACUCCGUAGAGGCUAGAAGAUGGAUCAAUGCUACACUUGUCAACCUUGUUGGCGAGGAAACGUUGAUCCCACUCAUCGAUGGAGGCACAGAAGGGUUCAAGGGCCAGGCCCGUGUCAUUCUUCCGACGAUUUCAUGUUGUUACGAAUGUACCCUCGACAUGCUAACACCCCGUGCCGCUGUUCCCCUCUGCACUCUCGCAUCGAUUCCCAGACAACCGGCUCACUGUAUCGAAUGGGCGAGUGUCAUACAAUGGCCCAAGGAGAAAGGGGACCUAAAAAUCGAUAUGGAUGAUCCGGAACACGUCACCUGGCUUUACACAAAAGCUCUAGGCCGUGCCAAAGAAUUCAAUAUCCCUGGUGUGACAUACGCUAUGACACAGGGUGUUAUCAAGAAUAUUAUUCCGGCUAUUGCAUCUACAAAUGCCAUUGUCGCUGCUUCUUGUUGCAGCGAGGCUCUAAAGAUUGCGACUACUGCUUCGCCGUAUUUGGAUAAUUACAUGAUGUACACUGGCGAUGAGAGUGUGUAUACUUAUACAUUCCAACACGAAAAGAAGGAUGAUUGUCCAGUUUGUGGAAACCUGCCACAGGCUUUGACGGUAGAUCCGGAGUCGACCUUGGAGGAGCUGAUGGAGAAGUUGCAGGAAAGACCCGAGACAACAUUGAAGAAGCCGUCACUCAGAACUUCAGCGAAGAGUUUGUACCUGCAGGCGCCAAAGCAGUUGGAGGAGCAGACCCGGCCAAAUCUAGAGAAGCAACUCAAGGAGUUGAUGGAGGAGGGUGACGAACUUUCCAUUUCGGAUCCUGGCAUGCCGUUCAAUUUACGGUUCAUUAUUUCCUUUUCUUCUUAA